AUGGAGGCGGUGGGCGCCGGGGAGGAGGAGGAGGAGGAGGUGGCGGCGGACGAGUGGCUGCUGCAGUCCCUGCGCCUGUACGAGGACCUGCACACCUUCGAGCUCCAGGCGCCCACCCGCGUUAUCGAAUGGGCCCGGGGGAACCGUGUCUGCGUAGCCGGGUAUGGACAGUCUGGUGGGAACGAGAUCCUGCAGCUGCUCCCGCCGCCCACGCUGCAGGUGAAGGAGACCCAGGGCCUGUGUCCAGAGAGAGAUUUCAAGGUGGAAUGUGGUGGAUUUUCAAACCGCCCGGUGUACAGCCUGAAAUAUGUGCCGGACACCAGCUUGCUGGUGACGAGUGGACCACCAGGCAGCUCCCUCCAGGUCUGGCAGGUGUCAGCAGAGGACUCUGAUGUUAUUAAAUCCGUAAGUGCCAUACCUACAGAAAAUGGCACUGGGCAACCUUGGGCUAAAAUUGCAACCAUUUCAGCCAGAGCCCCAUGGGUCCUUCACGGCUCAAGACUCAACAGCGUCCAAAUUACAGAGGUUGAAUCAAGGAAAAAUGUCUACAUGGCAGCCUCCAGAAACAGCGAGGAGCUCAGCGGCCUGGCGUUCCUGGAUUGCAACACGUUGCUCCUCUGCUGCGCCAAGGGGCAGCUGUGCCUGGCUGAUGUUCGGCAGCCGCAGAGUCCCUUGGAGGCUGCGUCCGUCCCCUCGGCGCUGUGUGGCGAGCGGUGGUGCAUGGGAGUCGGGCGCGGACCUCAAGGCUCUGAUUCAAGCUCCCAGCCCGUAGCUUGCCUCUCGAGCGGAGGGCACCUCACCCUAACAGACGUAAGAAAAACCUCAGAGUCCUUGGCCUCAGCAAAGUGCAGAGUUCCCUCUCCCAGCUCAGGUGCGGAGUUCCUGUGCGUCUCCUGGGCUCCUGCUCUGGAAGGCUGCCUUGCCAUUUCAGGUUUUGAUGGGACCGUGCACGUGUAUGACGCGCGGAGCUGGGACGGCUCUGGCGGGGAAGCGGAGCCGAUCUUUGUUCACAGAGGCCACGCGUUCAGCGGAGCGGGCGGCGGCAGCGGGGGCCCUCCCCUGGUCACAGUGCACACGUGGCAUCCGCAGAAACCGAGAACUUUAUUGUCAGCAGCAAGCGACGGUUCCCUGCACGUUUGGGACUGGGUUCAGUCUUGUGGGAAGUGUGGGUAGAUCAUACUUUCGGUGAGAUGUGGUUUGUUUCCUGUCUAUGUUCUAGUCUGCGUAGGCUGCGAGGUAUCUGUUUGCGUGCAGAUACUGUUUUGAGACAGUUGUAGUGAACAGAGCCAACUGUAAAGAGCGCUAUUUUAAUAUAGUAAAAAAUUUUGAU